AUGAAUAGAGGCAAGGGUCCGCAGUUGCAACCUCUGACUGGAAACUUCAAGAGGAAUAAUGCUUCUGGACAAUCAUCAGCCGGACGACAGGGUCCCAAUGCUUGUGCCACUUGUGGGAAGAAUCAUACUGGUAUAUACCGACGCAGGAAUAAUUUGUGCUACAGGUGUGGACAAUCGGGACACUUCAUUUCUGAUUGCCCACAGAAUGUUAAUCAGCCUCCUACUCAAGCUCAGGUGUUCACUCUUGAUGCCAAUGAAGCUCAAAAGUAUCUGAAUCUGAUCCGAGGUAAUGUAAUCUUGAAUGGUUAUCCUCUUUCUGUUAUUUUUGAUUCUGGAGCAUCAGGUUCUUUUAUUGUGGGGCACACUGCAAUGAGACUAGGUCUCACCCCGACUCCAUUACCUUAUGAGUUACAAAUCAGUACUCCUACUGGAGGAUCUUGUACUGCAUCAGAAAUUUGUAAGGGUUGUAUUCUACAAUUUGAAGGAAGUACUUAUACGGUGAAUUUAGUAGUUCUACCGGUAUUCAGCCUUGAGGUGAUUAUCGGUAUGGACUGGUUGGCGGAGAAUGGAAUAACUUUGGAUUGUCAAGCAGGAAAGGUCAUCGUUCCUUCUAAAGAGGGUAAUUUUCAGUCCUUUGAUAUUAUUUCCUUAUUACAAGUUAGAAAAGAACUCCUUCGGGGAGCUGAAGGGUAUUUGUUGUUAACGGAGUCUGAGAGCACGGUUGAUACUCAACUUCAAAAUAUUCUUGUUGUUAAUGAAUUCGAGGAGGUGUUUCCUGAUGAAAUUCCUUGA